AUGUCGCCAAAGCAAUUGAUAUACAUUUGUAUUCUAAACUUUAUGGUAGCUGUGGGAUCACUUUCACAGAUGAAAAAGAUUCUGCGUCACAUAAAAUGCGAUUGGGAUAAUCUGGCACACAAACCGGAAUUAAUAAUUUUAAAAGAAUAUGCUAAUCGUACAAGAACGUAUACACUAAUAAUCGCAAUUGCAUUUUAUCUAUAUAUAAUUUCAUUGAUAUUUCCAUCCGUUCUACGUAUCUUUCUGUAUUAUUUUGAUGAAGCAAACGAAACCGUAUUAACCUUGCCAGUUUGUCUUGAUAACUUUAUGAAAGGUCAAAUAAAUCACUAUUUGGCACUUUUAUUCGAAUGUGUAUUCUUAUUCAUCAUGAGUACAAUAGGAAUUGCCCACUAUUCUAUAUUUGUAUUAAUUACACAGCAUACCUGUGCACUAUUUAAUGUAGUCGCUUCGAAGAUAGAGAAACGAUUUAAAAGUAACCCACAUAAAUUCAAUCAUGCCAGUAACCGCAGUAAAUUGGCACAGGAAUACGAAUGGCUCGUCGAUAUCAUAGAAUCCUAUGAUAAUGCCAUCGAGUUCGUAUCAAAUCUUAUAAGCCUAUUCUCUUGA